GAAAAACACAAAAAAAAAGAAGAAAAAGAAUAGAGAAAGAAAUAUUGCAAUUUGCAAUCUGUUUAAAAACAAUCUAUUGGUUGAUUUCCGAAUUACCAUUUAUAACGUGUUUUGCAAUAAGGGAAUAAUGUGGGGCAUUUUAUAAGUUAUGAAAUAAUUUGGAUGGGGCAAAGGUAAAAUAUUAUAGUCCCUCCCGGGGGUCUUCUUUGAGUAAAUUCCCCAAUCGGUAUCGGAUCGUCGGCCAACACCAGAAGUUUCUUUUGCCACCUCCUGGCCGACAUUCUUGAAUUAAUAUCAUCUCCGAGCUGCCUUCUUUCUAAUCCAUCAAUCAAUUUGAGGAGGAAAAAAAUGAAGAAUAUGUGGAUAUCAAUUAUGCCCGAGGAGCUAUGGAUUAGAAUAUUGGAGAUCGGGAUAUGCGGCGGCGGCGGUGGUGGCACCGGCGGUGGUUGUCUAAAUUUCAGAGACUUGUGCAGCCUUUCCAUCACUUGCAAACGCCUCAAUUCACUAUCCAACCUUAAUUUUCUCUGGUCGGCUUUGUUAUCUGCCGAUUACAACUUCAACACCGACUCAAUUGGCGCCGCGGAACCUACCUCUUCGUGUUCCUCCGACAAGGCCCUAUACCGAAUUAGGUACGAGAGGCAGAGAGAUCAAAAGCGUUUGGCGCAUAGAAGAGUUGUUCUGAGAUUCGAGAGUGAUGUUGCUGUGAGCUCCAGGAAGAUUGCCACCAUGGAAGAGCAGUCAGCCAAUGAAAGGGAAAAGAUGAGUAUCACUAUGGCUGAGUUACUCAAUUUGUGUAAAGUCAAGCAAGCUUCUGUUGCAUUGAAUGUAUGGCAACCGGAAGUUAUUCGAGGCAAGCAAAAACAGAUGGUUCAGCAGCAUGAUGUAACUAUCAACUCUCGAAUAAGUGCGCUUGAGAUGGAGCUUAGGCUUUGCAAGCAGCAUGUUGCCAAUUAUGAAAUUGCCCUUAAAGUUGAAAGACAAAAGCUUGACAGAGCCAAAGAGAAGUUGGAAUCUGUUAAAUAUCAUCCUCUGCAUGAUUUUAGCUGCAAAAGUGACCAUAGUGAUGAGCACACCACCAGAAGGAAGAAAUUGAAACUCGCUUGAUGAGUGUAAGAACACCUUUUUUCGUUCUUGUUAAUGGAAAAUAUUGUCCAUAAUAACUUAAAAGAAAGAUCAUACAGACAAGAUAUCUUGUAUGUGAAAUAUCUACUAUUAUAUCUUUCAGAGUUCAUGACCACUUCAUGUGUAUGCGAAAGUUGAAUCUGGUCUUGCUUCAAAUUGGAUAUCUGAUUGUUAUGUGUGUUGGCAUAUUAAUUUUGAUCUUCGUCAACCAAUAGUGAGGGAGAGCCUGGAUGCAACGGUGAGGUUGCUCCUUCACGAGUGGUUAGUGAUAGGUUAAAUCCAUUAACAGCCUCUUGGUUCUGUUACACCGAUUCUUCCUUCUGACCAGUCAAAGUGUAGUACUCUAUGUCUUUUGGGGUGUUGGAUUGAGGCGUGACGUGCUCAUGCUGAAGAUCAUAUGAUAUGCUGCUAUUUAGCUGUGGUUGGCAUCAAUAAUGUUACCUUUGAUUAUUUAUUGCAGGAACUGGGGAGACUCUGAGAGGUUUCAUUGCUCAUUGUAUGAUUUGUUUUCUUCAAUUCAUCUGCUCUGCUGCUUGAUGUAACAUUCAUACUAGAUUCAUCAUCAACGAGAAGCCUAUCAACUGAUACCAUUUUGUUGUAACAGCUUGCUAGAUAAUUUUCUUGUACUGUAUAUGCCUUUUGAGGGGAACAGCACAUUUUCUCCACAUCAGUAUCUCUCAUCGCUGUUAUAGUUAUAUUUAUAUGUAUUAUUAACAUUAUUUAUUAUGACAAGGUGUAAUACAAAUCGAGCUAUUCAUUUUAGACAGUAACAUUUUUAUUUUUAUUUUUUUAAAAAAAGAGUAUCAUUUUAUUAUGAUAUAAGGUGUAAUACAAAAUUAUCUGUAAUUAUUUGCGUAAAAUUGCCGCGAUUGAA